CUGAGCAGCAGCCAGUCGCGUUUUUCCCCUCGCCGAGCUCACUCACUCUCUCAUCCUCUGCUCUCACCGACUCUGAUUCAGCUCUCCGGUUCAGCAGACAGAAGAAACCUCUCCUCUCUUGCUCUUCUUCUUCUCUUCCCAUCUGUUAUUUCAUUUAUUUCAUUAUUAUUUUUUAUAUAUAUAUAUAUUUCUUUCUCUCUCUCUCUGUCCCCCAGCCCCCGGUGCCUGGGGCAUUAGUGGGGGGUCCCAGUUGUGUGUGUGUGUGUGUGAGAGAGAGUGAGUGUGUGUUGGGAGGUUUCAGCAUGGAAGCAGUGGCACUUUAUACGUUUCGUGCCACAGAGGGUGAUGAACUCAGUUUCAACAAGGGAGACAUGCUCAAGAUCACUAACAUGGAGGACGACCCUAACUGGUACACAGCUGAGCUCCACAACAGAAAAGGUUUUGUGCCAAAAAACUACAUCAACCUGCGGCCUCAUGCCUGGUUUGCCGGUCGCAUAUCUCGCGGCGUGGCGGAAAGUCGACUCAGACACAGGGAGUGUGGCGCUUUUCUGGUCAGAGAGAGCGAGAGCGCCCCUGGAGAGUUCUCCAUGUCUGUCAGUUACGGGGACCAUGUCCAGCACUUCAAGGUGCUGCAGGAUCGCUGUAGUCAAUACUACGUGUGGGACGAGCUCUUCUCCUCCCUGAACGAGCUGGUGGAGUUUUACCAUAGCAACAGCAUCGCUAAGGAGAGGACCGUCUUUCUGCGGGACCCCGAGCACUUUGCCAGGCGUCCCCAUCAUGCCCACGCACUAUUCGACUUCAACCCCCACCACCCAUCCCAGCUACGCUUCCUGCGCGGCGACGUCAUCGAACUCCUCGACUGCUCUGAUUCGGUGCGCUGGAGGGGCCGUUGCCAUGGACAUGUGGGCUACUUCCCCCCGGAGUACGUCCAACCCAUUUACCAUUGCCAAUGACCUGACGCGUCAAUCGAACAUGUUCAUCAGCGAACCCCCGCCCUUCACGCUGCUCCCCUCUUCUUGCACUUGCCCAAUAAUUUUUUGAGGAGCUGUAACUGAACUGCUUAAUAUGUUACUGACUCCUCCCACUUCCCCUGUGAUGCCACCUGUCAAUCACAAGCCUCGUCCAAUCAGCUGCUACGGGCUCAUCAAUCACUUUCCACCAACUCCACUUCUCUUUAAAAACAUGUAAAAUAAAUAAAUGAAUAAAUAUCUGGACCUAGACACUGUGGAGAACUCACAUACACACACAUACUCCCAGGUAUUAUCACAGCUUAUCAGCACAGGUACAGGCUAAAAGCAACACACACUCACACUAACCUGAAAAACAAACAGUGUGUGGCUCAUGGGAAGUGGUUGAAGAAGGGAAAGGUCUUCUCCGCUGAGGAUUUCCUCCACUAUUUUCCAGACGUUCCCACAAGGAGAUCCAAUGAGCCGAGCGGGGGGACACAGAGAGUCCAUUGUGUUGUGAAUAUAUGGGCCAGACACCCUGGGGAUACUGACACAGCAGAUUUCUCUCUCACUGGACUGGAGUGUGAGCGGGGUUUGAACACAUGUAAACCUGCAAACUUUAUGUAUGUUUAUUGAGUGUAUGAAUUUGGUGUGUAUGUGUUCAGCCAUGUGCUCUGUGGACCAGUAAAGGAGGCAACUGUGUUAACCAGUGCUACCCGGACAAUGCUCUGUUUUAAAACUUAAAAUGUUCUUAAAAUGACACACUCAACCCAUUUUAUGGAUCAUUUGUUUAUUUCUAUGUAUUUAUUCUUAUUCAUGUGUAAUCUUGAAAUAAAUAUAUCACAAAUAAGAUUAAACAUUGUAAAAAAAAAAGGUUUAAGAAAAGGUUUAAGAAACCCACAUUUUAUGUGAUUAACAGUAAGAGCUUUGACUGGUCUUCCUUAACCUGUACUGAUAAAUCAUUUAAAUAAAGUUAUACAUUUACCUCUUUGAAA